UUGGUCUAGUGAUUCUUCAGCGCCUCUGUGCGUCCUAAUGAUCAGCGGACUCUGGGCCUGUGAAUGAAGAAUAAGUGCCGGGGGACGGUGGCAUGCAAGCAGGGGCAUUGAAGGCGACUUUUUGACUCGUGACUGCGAGGACUCGCUGGCGAGAGCCACGACCCCCCGCGAUCGCCCUUUGUGCUCGCCCAGCCGCUGCUCGCCGGGGACUGGGGGCGCUUUGCAGGUAGCGGCUCGCGCUGCGAACGUCUGCAGGGGAAACUGGGAUGUUUCUUGCGGAGAAAGAGCUUUUUCUGCCUAGUCUCCAGUUGCUACGCCCCCCUUUCCUCCGUCUCUCAGUGCCCUGCUGAUCCCGGGAUACUGGGGAACCCCGUAAUGACUCAGUGGAACAGCUUCUGCCUCCCCUGCCUGAAUCUCUGGACUUCAUCCCCGCCCGGCAUAAAACAAAACAAAAUCAUGGCUGACGGAGAUAACAGCAGGAAAAAAAAUGUUGCUAGUGAAAGACUUCUGAACAUCUAGUCCCUGAAAAUGCCUUUGGCAUGAAAUUCGUUGUGAAGUGGACUCCUCUCCACAGUGCUCAGAAAGGUCUUCUUCUUAACAGACUGUUGCAACAUAUGUUGCAGUAAGGUUUGGUUAGACAGUCUGAGGCAUUUAAGGUAUGCACGCGCAAGAAAUAUGUUUUCUGGGAGGAUCACAUCACUGUCUCCGGAGUUUUUUGUGCUGUGGCUUGCCGGAGAGCAGCCUGUUCAGCCCCCUUUUAUUAACUAGGUUGAUGUUUUAACCAAUGAUAUUGAGCCAUAUAGGCAGAAUAUGCUAGAUUAACUUGGUCAAUGGAAACAGUAUCAAAGUCAGUUACACAGAAGUAUAGUCAGUUAAAGUAACAGUAACAGAAAACCGAUGUUUACAUCCAAGCCUAGCUAGGCCUGAGAUUAUGGGAUGUUGUACACCAACAACAGACCUUUUUGCCCUUCAUAGGAAAUGAAAGCGGCUAAGAGAAUGGUGACACCCACGGUGACAGAUAGUCCUGAGGGCACGCUGACCUUCCCUGACGUGGCCGUGAGCUUCACCCCGGAAGAGUGGAUGUGUCUGGAUGCCUCUCAGCGGAAGCUCUACAGGGACGUGAUGCUGGAGACCUACCGGCACCUACGGGCCGUGGGUGAGAGCCACUGGGGCCAACGCCCGGCCUGGGAUGAACCCAACGUGGGCUCCCGGGGGCCCGGCCAGGGCCGCCUGCGAGCAGGUUCUUCUCGACUUAAACCUCCACUCAUCUUUUGGCUGGAGCGAGGAGACCUGAGGACCAUGGGGAGUGGAGGCGUUAAGGAAUGGGAACCUCAACUUCAAGAAUUGGCCUUUAGGCCAUUUCAGUUUGGAAAGGCAGUAUCCGGUCGGUUGGAAAAGCAGGGAGGCGGGCGGCGUGGGUGGAACGUGCAGGACCGUGAAGAGUGUGAGGAAGAUGUCUUCCAGGAACAUUCUGGACUUUCUGCCCCUGGGGAUAUUCAGACUGGUGGGAUCUCGCCGGACGAUAAGCCAAAAGAAAGCCGCUGUCUUUCCCUGAAGGCGGCUGCCGGGAAGGCCGUUGGGCAGUCUGGGACCCUUCCCCCCUCAAAAUCCCCUGCCCGCAGGACCCCCCUCGAUGGCCAUCAUACACAUGUCCCCUUGGCCAGUCAUGGUCACAAGCGCGUGCAGGAAGGCGCCAGAGGCUUUCUGUGGACCCGGCACCCGGGCGUUUCCCCACACCCCCCAAACGGCAGAAAGAACCCCCACGAGUGCCAGCAGUGCGGAAAAGCGUUCAGUCAGGCGUGGAGCCUGACGACACACAUGCGGAUCCACACGGGGGAGAGGCCGUACGCGUGUAAAGAGUGCGGGAAGGCCUUCACGCAGUCCUCGGGCCUGAGCCAGCACAUGAAGAUCCACACGGGCGAGAAGCCCUACACCUGCGACACGUGCGGCAAAGCCUACUCGUACCUGUCAGACCUGACGAAGCACUUCCGCAUCCACACCGUGGAGAGGCCGUACGUGUGCGGGGCGUGCGGGAAGGCCUUCGCCCAGUUCUCCGGCCUCAGCCUCCACCGGCGCAUCCACACCGGGGAGCGGCCGUUCGUGUGCAAGGAGUGCGGGAAGGCGUUCACGCAGUCGUCCAACCUCACCACGCACAUGCGCAUCCACACGGGAGCCAAGCCCUACGCGUGCCGGGAGUGCGGGAAGGGCUUCACCCAGUCCUCACAUCUCAUCAUCCACAUGAAGUACCACGCGGGGGAGAAGCCGUUCCAGUGCGACAAGUGCCGGAAGGCUUUCAUCCAGUCCUCCGGCCUGCGGAAACACAUGCGCAUCCACACGGGAGAGAAGCCCUACGCGUGCAAGGAGUGCGGGAAGGCCUUCACCCAGUCCUCCGUCCUGACGCUGCAUAUGAAGAUUCACACCGGGGAGAAGCCCUACGCCUGUAAGAAAUGCGGGAAGGCCUUCACCUAUUCUUCCGUUCUGACCGUCCACAUGAGGAUCCACACAGGAGAGAAGCCCUACGCGUGUAAGGAGUGCGGGAAGGUCUUCACGCAGUCUUCCGGCCUCACCGUCCAUAAGAAAAUUCACACCGGCAAGAAACCAUAGAAGGAUCAUCGUCCAGGGGCUCGAGAGCCAUCCCAUGGCGGGGACGGUGCCUGCCUUGGUGGCAGCUGGCCAGCUUCCAUCCCGGGCAUCCCAGAUGGUCUCUGAGCACCAACAAGAGUGAUUGCUAAGUAUGGAACCAGGAAUGAGCCAGGUGUGCCCCCCCCCCCAAAACCAGAGAAGAAGAAUAAAUAAAAAAAAAAUGUCCCAAUGCCUGUCCUUCAACUCAUUACUUUAGAAUGAGUUGAGAUUGGUGACGACUUUGGAAUGUUUCAUGUAUAUGAAGCCAAACAUUUUGAAUGCAGGUUGAGUCAUGUGGCGGAGGAAUCUGAUGAAUAUUGGGCACCGCAGACCACUCCGUGGCUGAAUUCAGGCUUUGCAUGGACACUUGAUCCCUGGAACCAUAUGGUACCCCAGUCCACCACCGCGUGCUACCCCAGGUGCUAACUGCAUCUCCCACCCUCAGAGGAUGGGAUAUGCAUCACUCAGUUCAUAGUAUGCUCUUACAGUUUGUGACUUGGAGAGAAGAAAGGGGUGUCGGGUCCCUUCAUUCUCCCCCCUCCCCGCCUUUCUGCAUCAAGAAAAAACCCACCUUCUAGAACCUUCUAAAGAAGUUCUCCAAAGGACAGUUGGAAAGAGCCCAAGUGGAAGGCGUGGAAGGAGAACGCUAGAUCAGGGCUGUCCCGAUAAUCGGGAACUAGCAAGUUCGUUCCGCCCCAGAUGUGGACUCCAGAUGUAGUGGGAUAUGAGGAAGCAAUGAACAUCCCUCUUGUGCCCGUUGAAAAAUGACCCUUCGGAGAGUCAGAAACCAUGCAGGGGAGAGAACCCCCCAGUGUGAGACAAGUGGAAAAUAGUCAGGCGGGUUGGCAGGCGGGUGGGGGGGGGGCGGAGGAACAUCAGUGGAGCUGGGCGCACUCCACACAGCAUUCAGGGCGCUCAGACAGAUUCAGAGUUGGGGCUCCUGCAUGUUUAGCACAGACUUGCCUUCUGAGCUCUGUCCUGUUCAGGGACUGGGGCGAUAGGACAGUGGGGAAGGCGUUUGUCUUGCACACGGAUAACCCAGGUUCGGUUCCCGGCAUCCCAUAGUGUCCCCUUUCUACUGCCAGGAGCAGUUCUGGAGUACAGAGCCAGGAGUAACCUCUGAGCAUCAUCAGGUGUGGUCCAAAAACAAAAGAGUUGAACUCUGUUCUGCCCAAUGACUAUAUAUACACAGACACACACACAUAUAUUUAAUUCACUGCAAUUUUCUAGUGGGAGAAAACUAAGUCAUAUUUAGGUCCGGAGAAAUAGUCCAGUGGGCUAGAGAGUCUGAGUCUGAUUCUAAUUCAAUCCUUGGCACUGAGUAUAGUCCCUUGAGCCCCGUCAGGAGUGACUCUUGAGUUAGGAGAAAGUGCUGAGCACAAAUGGUGUGGUUCCAACCCUCCCUCAUCACCAAUGUAUAGUUUUUGUUUUCCUUUUCUUUUUGGGUCAUGCUCAGCGAUGCUCAGAGGUUACUCCUGGCUCUCCACUCAGGAAUUACUCUUGGAAGUGCUCGGGGGACUAUAUGGGAUACCAGGAACCAAACCCAGGUUGGCCGUGUGCAAGGCAAACCGCCCUCCCCUGCUGUGCUCUCACUCUGGCCACACUGAUAAUUAGUUUCAUCACAAAUGUAUGCCCUUGAGGCUGGAGUAAUAGCACAGUGGGUAGGGCGUUUGCCUUGCACGCAGUCAACCUGAGUUUGAUUCCCAGCAUCCCAUAUGGUCCCCUGAGAACGUCAGGGGUAAUUCCUAAGUGCAGAGCCAGGAGUAAGUCCUGUGCAUCUCCAGGUGUGACCCAAGAAAGAAAAAAAAAAUCAAAUGUAUACCCUUAUUCCUGCCUGGAACGUCUCUGUUCAUUAUGUGUCAGUGUAAGAGACGAAUAACUUUUUCUUGGGGGGGGGCAAGAAAAUUGGUAUUUGGGCCACAUCCACAAAUGCUCAGGGGUUACUAAUGGCUUUGUACUCAGGAAUUACUCCUGGUAGUGCUAGGGGGAACAUAUGGGAUGCCAGGGAUCGAACCCAGGUCAGCUGCGUGAAGGACAAACAUUCAACAGACGUUCCCCACUGUACUAUUGCUGCAGCCCCAAGGGUCCAAUAACUUUUAAGAUCAUAGGCGUUGUGUUCAUAAGGAAAAUGUCCUGAGGAGUUCAGAUUUCCUAGUUAGUGUCCACUGGCAGGGAAGCUGCUGGUGGGGGCGGGGGAAGCCUUUAUUAUGGUGUAUGUUUCAGAGAUUGAACUUUACUUAGUUCUAGUGUUGGCAGGAUUACCAGUUGUCCAUGCUAUCAUUUCCAGUCUUUUAGGGUUUCCUAUUCACAUAGUGUGAUUUGGGCUCAGGAAAACCUUGGUAGCCUGUAUAAAGGAUGCUUUGCCCCUUUUCUCUUCAAUAUUUUGCCACUUCUGUCUUCCAUGGGCUUUGAAUUGUGAAUCCUCAA